CGCGGCCCGGCCGCGGGAGCCCCGCGCGGUGGCGGCGAGGGCCGCGGCCGGUCCCGUCCCGCAGCACGGCUCUGAGAUGGCGCCGCCGGGCCGGGAGCUGCCGCGGGCUGCCCGCCUCGGCCUCGCGUCCCGGAGCUGAGCGGCCGCAGGCAGCGCCCCUGGACAGCUAUGAAAUUCCUGCUGGUUUUUGACUUUGACCAUACGAUCGUAGAUGAAAAUAGCGACACCUGGAUUGUGAAGUGCGCUCCUGGGAAGAAGCUUCCUAAUGGACUACGGAACUCCUACCAGCCCGGGCACUGGACGGAAUACAUGGGCAGAGUCUUUGUCUACCUGGGAGACAGCGGUGUCCAAGAAGAGGAGAUGAGAAGGACUAUGACAACGAUCCCUUUCACUGCGGGAAUGGGAGAUCUUCUGCGUUUCAUUGGCGAGAACAAAGAGCUUUUCGACUGCAUAAUUGUUUCAGAUUCGAAUACAGUAUUUAUUGACUGGAUUCUAAAAGCCGCUGACUUCCGCGAGGUGUUUGAUGAAGUGUUUACAAACCCUGCAGCAUUCAGCAGUGCCGGCUACCUAACUGUACAGAACUUUCAUGCUCACCAUUGCUCAAAGUGCCCAAAAAACCUUUGCAAAAGGAAAGUUUUAAAAGAAUUUCUAGAUAAACAGUUGGAGCGAGGAGUAAGUUAUACACAAAUCGUAUAUAUAGGUGACGGCGGGAAUGAUUUAUGUCCAGUAAUGUCUCUGAGGAAGAAUGAUAUCGCUAUGCCAAGGCACGGGUAUACCUUAGAGAAAAGGAUUUCUCAGCUCUCCCAAGAUCACAGUCCUGUAGAGUGUUCUGUUCUGGUUUGGUCAACUGCUGUUGAAAUAGUGUCUUACCUGAAGCUGCUUAUAAAGGAAUAAUUCAGAUGAUAAAAGGAAACCAGUAUAGUUGCACCUCUUUCUUCCCAGGAGAGAAACACUGCAUGUGCAUAAAAGCACAAAAAUGUAUAACUGGGAUGCUCUCUGAACCUUUGUUUUUUAAACAUGAUACAAAACUAUGUUCAAUUUUAGCAAUGGAGGGAAAGUGAUGUUAAAAUAGCUUUCUAGCAUACUACGCAUUCCAACAUCAGUGGCAAAGGGGGUGGGAGGGUUGCAGGGGGAAUUGCCAUUAAUCUCCCUACCCUGAACCAUUACUGCCUGCAUGUGAGGUCUGUUCCAUGUGCUCAGGGAAAGGAGUGGGAUUAGUGCACGAAAGAAAGAAAGAAUUCUUAUAAAGAACUUAAAUUCUUAACUUACCAGGAGCAUGGGUCUGGAACCAUUGGCUUUGAAUACUAUUUAAUCAGGGUAAAUGUUUAAUUUGUAAGUGAUUUGGUAUGCCUCUAAUCUUGUUUGAUCUGAAGAUGCACUUAUAUUUUUAAUAUACUGAAUAUUUUAUCAAACAAAAUUCCUUUUUAAGAGUUUUAAUUAAAGACAACAAGUUACUGUCAGUGACAGAAGCAACAU